GUCGCAACCGUCCCUCCGGGGGGUCCGAUGUCGUCGCGUCGGCUGUUUUUGGGAGUCGCCAUCGAUCUUACUUGGAGUGGAUCGAACACUCUUCGAAUCGGCUCUAACCUUAGGGUCAGAACCGAGAUAUGGUCUGCGAAAAUAAAGUUCUGGGUUCGGGAGUACGGUUACGUGUGGGGAAGUUAAGCAACACCCCCACAACGCCCUAAAUCGGUACUACUUAAGUUGAUAAGUUUUAUACG